AUUAGCUUUAGUCGCAUUUUUUUGAUAUAUGAACACUUGCUUUGCUGUGGCAACACUAUUAAUGAACAUGAAGUUGUUUCGGAAUGCGUCAAAUUACUUGUCAAAGUGAAUGGUCAACGGCUGUGAAUUUGAGGUGCGAAAAAACAUUAAUAUAUCUUGGUAUUCUGUAAGUCUCAGUGACAAAUAAGAACUUACUUGGAUGCAUCAACUAUUGAAUUAUCGUGGAAAUUAAAGCUUAUUAUUUCAAAUGCCGCGCAAAUAUAAACCUGAACCAGGAUCAAAGCAAUACAAAAAAUACGACCCGAAUGUUAUACAGGAAGCAGUAGAUGAAUAUUUGACAGGUAAUUCAUCUUUGAAAACUAUUGCUGCCAAGUAUAAUAUUCAUUUAUCUGUACUAUAUCGCCACAGCAAAGGACAAUUAAAAUGUCAAGGUGGGCAGAGAGCUCUUUCAAUAGACACAGAAAAUUAUAUUAUAGAGUACAUAAACGUUUGCGCGGAUUGGGGAUAUCCACUCGAUUCCUUAGACUUACGUUACAUCAUCAAAAUGUACCUGGAUAAACUUGGAAUAACCCAUAAGCGAUUUAAAAAUAACCUUCCUGGUCCAGAUUUCUUUCACGGCUUUCUAAAUAGACACAAAGAAAAAAUUUCACAAAGAAUAUGCCAAAAUAUUAAGCGUUCUCGAGCGGCGGUAUCUGCAGCAGUCAUCAAAAAAUAUUUCGAAGAGCUGGAAAAAUCAUUAGCUGACGUUCCACCUUCAAAUAUCGUCAAUUAUGACGAAACGAAUCUAGCCGAUGAUCCUGGGCGCAGAAAGGUACUAACGAAACGUGGAACCAAAUAUCCAGAACGCGUCAUGAACCAUUCGAAGGCCAGCAUUUCAAUAAUGAUGGCUGGAUCUGCAGAUGGGCAGUUGCUACCGCCUUACGUGGUUUAUAAAGCUCAAAAUCUAUACAAUACGUGGACAACUAAUGGCCCAAAAGGUGCAAGAUACAACAGAACAUCAUCUGGUUGGUUUGACGGAGUUAUUUUUCAAGAUUGGGUGCAGUCUAUCUUAAUUCCAUUUUUUGCUGACAAACCAGGGAAAAAAGUACUUAUAGGUGAUAAUUUGUCUUCCCAUUUAUCAGUAGAGUUGAUCAAAUUAUGCAAAGAGGAGAAUAUAAAUUUCGUUUUUUUGCCAAGUAAUUCUACACAUUUGACGCAGCCCCUAGAUGUGGCCUUUUUCAGACCGAUGAAAACAGCGUGGCGACAAAUUCUUUUAAAAUGGAAAAAAAGUGAUGGUAGCAAUGAGACCAGUGUACCUAAAGGCUGCUUCCCUAAAUUGUUAAAGAAUUUAAUGGAGAUCAUCCAAGAUAACGCAGCUUCUAAUUUAAAAGCAGGAUUUAAAAAAACUGGUAUAUAUCCUCUUGAUCCUACACAAGUAUUAUCUCGGUUACCUGACGAAGUUACGGACACGGAGAGAUAUAAAGAUGCUGUGGACAAGUCGGUUUUAAAUUUACUGAGUGAAAUGAGAUAUGGAACAAUGGGCAUAAAAGAAAAUACACGUAAGCGGAAACUGAACGUGGUUGCAGGACAGAGUGUAAGUGCUUCAACUGAAGAAGAUUAUGUAGAAUCUGAGCCAACAGCUGGCCCAAGCACAUCAAGCCGCAAACAAAAACGCAACGUGGUUACAAGACCGCGUGAAAGUGCUUCAAAUGCAGAGGUUUGCGUAGACUCUGAGCCAACAGCUGGCCCAAGCACAUCGAAGAAACUGCAAAGAACCCUAAUUAAUACGGAAAAAGAAAACCUAUCUAUUCAAGACACUAUAAAAUUGCAGUCAAAAGUAACAAAAAAAGGUAAAGGGGUCGGGAAGAGAACAAAAAUAAUGAAAAUAAUAUCUACAUACAAAGAUAAUAGUAUGAAUACUAAUAGCGAUAUAACAACUAAAUUAAACGUGACUGAGACAAGGAAUAUUAAUAUAGAAACACAAAAAAGCGAUAAUAGUUACCAGCAAAAAAAUAUCGAAGACGAUAUUAAUGUAGAUGACGAAAUUAAAGUUGGUUCCGAUAUUAGCGAAGAUUGUGAAAGCAGUUUUCUAAAUAUGCCUGUAUACUUCGAAGAUGAUUUGGUAUAUGACAAAGAGUUAAUUAUUGAAAACUACCUACCUGAAAUUAGUAUGGGAAGUAGUGAUAAAACCAAUUUUAUUCAAAAUGAUCAUUCAACUGAUAGAAAACAAGAAAAAAUAAACAUAAUAGAAAACUUAAACUUUUUUGAAACUAAAGAAAAUAUUAGCGAUAUUCGUAACUAUAAAAAUAUAAGCCCGACCGCACCUAUAAGUAUUUUAAAGAAGAAUUCUAAGCCAAAGAACUAUUAUAAAGAUGACGAAGCUAUACUUAAGGUCUUGUUAGAUGAAAAUGUUUAAUAGGUAUAUUAUUUAUUUAAUAUUUAGACUUUAACUCUAUGUACCUAUUAGUAGAAAAUUUUUAUUUUUUGUUAAAAAUGUUUAAUUUUUAAAUACGGUUGAAACCAUUUUUGAGUUAAUUUUAUAAAAGACUAACACAGUGAUAUUUUUCUUUAUUAGAAUUUUUUAAGUUUUUGAAGAACUGUUAUAACCACUCUUAGCUUUAAGCUCUAAUCAAUAAGAAGAAAACAGAAUUAUUUUUAUGUUUUUUUCAGCUUAUC